UUAUAGCUGUUGAAAUGCGUGGAACUGCUCGGCAAUUAAUCGACCGAUGUUCUGAAAUUAUCGAAUUACUAAACCGACUAUAAAACUGGAAAAUAAAGGCCUUAUUUCUUCACGAUCUAUAAACAAAGUGACUUGUCUAUAUUCCGAGUGGAUAUCCACUAGCUGGCAGCACGUAACAAAAUUUAUUAAGCAAUCUACAGAAUAAAAUCUAACCGAGAAUGUUUUAUAUUGUCAUGUUAGUUAAUUCAUAGUUAUAUGUUCGUUCAAAAAGUCAUAAUAAAUUAUCGUUUAUGAAGUACAAUGUGGUUUCGAUAUACCCUUUCGAAUGCUCGUGCUUUUCUCAGUGUCGCAAGUGCUGAAACGUGUAAACAAUGUAGUAGUCGAGGUAAAAUAAUCACGUCGAUACAAUCGGUGCAACGUUUGUUUGCAACAAACGUGCAAUGCCCCAUGGUCGGUGAAGUUAUCGAACAAUGGAGCGAGCGAUUUAAAAAGGAAAGUAUUCCAGAACCCGUAGAAUCGAUCGAGCACAUCGUUGCACACGUUCUAGGCACUAAGAAGAUAUUAGAUCUCGUUAACACGCGAAAUAAACGACUUACUUCGAAGGAAUAUGAUAAAUUGGAAUCACUGUGCGAAUGUCGAUUAUCUAGAAUGCCAGUGCAGUAUAUAAUAGGAGAAUGGGAUUUUCGAGAUAUUACUCUAAAAUUAGUUCCACCAGUUUUUAUUCCACGGCCGGAAACUGAAAUGUUAGUUCAUUAUGUUUUAAAGGCAUUAAAUUCUUCUCAAAAUAAAAACCAUGAAAUUUUAGAAGUUGGAUGCGGUUCUGGACCGAUAUCUCUUUCCAUUGCGCAUACUAAUAAAACAGCAAAUUGUAUAGCGAUCGAUUCGAAUCCAGAUGCUUGCGAACUAACUAAAGAAAAUCGAGACAGAUUAGGGUUAGAAAAACAAGUUGCAAUUAUGCAUGCGACACUACAAGAGAAUGGAACGAUUGAUCUUUCAAAUGUAUUAAGUGGCCCGAAAGAUCUUGAUUUAAAUUCGAAAACUUUUGAUUUUAUCGUCAGCAAUCCCCCAUACGUGUCGACUAAGCAGAUACCUACCUUACCUCCCGAGAUUAAAAUUUUUGAAGACUUGCCAGCACUUGAUGGAGGAGAGGAUGGUUUAAAAAUCAUUAAACCCCUGUUGAAAUACAGUGCUACAGCUUUGAAGCCUGGUGGACGUUUGCUUUUAGAAGUUGAUCCAACUCAUCCUGAAUACAUACAAUUUUUCACGAAAAAAUAUUCAAUGUUCAAGCUUCGAUACGAACAUACGUACAAAGAUUUUUGUAAUAACGAACGAUUUGUUGAAGUAUCAAAAAUAUCAUAAAAAUGAUUUCCAUAAGACAUUAUUUACAUUUAUAUAAUUAAAUGCAAUAUUUAAAAUAAUUUAUUUGCCCUUAAUCAAUUAUAAAAUUGCAUGUGUUAUAAGAAAUCGAUCCUUCCUGUUUAAAUAAAUAAUUCUUAACGAAGAAAAUGAACCUACUUGUAUGAUAUGUACAAUGGAACAAGCAAUAUUAUUUUUCAACUAUGACAAUAUUAUUGCAGUGUUAUAUGAAUGUUAUCUUUUAUCGGAUGUUAGAAUGAAUAAGUUUAUAUAAAUACGUUCGAUGUGAUAAUACAAACAUUAUUAAUAAAAAGUGUA